GAACGCGAUGCGAGAGAUUUGCGAGGGAGCUCGGCUUCGGCGGCGGACCGUGGGUCGCACCCACCCACCCACCCUUCAUUUCAGUUUCAACUGAGAGCGUGAUACGUGUCCUGCUGGGGGAGGCGGAAAGCCUACUACACUCCUGAAGUGCGGAAAUCCAAAGUGUGUUGUGUUGCGUUGCCUGAAUGCCUGCCCGCCGCCAAAACCCAUAAACCCUACCCUCUACAGCGCCUCCGUCGCUGCUCCCGGCGGCGAUGGGGGGUGGGCCGCGCACGUUCCCGGGCGGGCUGUCUAAGUGGCAGUACAAACGCAUGCACGAGAAGCUGGCGCGGCAGAAGCAGCGGGGGCUCCUCCGCCACGAGAAGCAGCUCUACCUCGCCCGCCUCCGCUCCGAGAUCCGCGCCUCCCGCCUCCCUGGCGCCGCCGCGGAAGCUCCACCGGGGGGCGAGGGGCCCACCUCGUCGCGCGCCCACAUCCGCGCCCUUGCCGACCGCUUCCGCAGGCCCGGCGCCGAGGACCUCUGGAACGAGGACGACGGGCCCCUCCGCCGCGUCAAGCGGCCGCCCACUGGGAUCGCGUCGGGUGUCCGGCACCAGCAGCAGCAGUUGGACUCGGGGAAGCCCCGCGGAGGACCGAGUUGGGAGGACCUGACCUCUCUGGAUCAACCGAGGCCUUUAGACAGGGGAAAAGGGCCGACCUCGGCCGCGUUCAAUCCGAGAAGAGAGUACCUAACGGUGGUGGCGCCCUGGUGCCCGCGUUGGGAUCCGCGACCUCUCGGUUUCGUUGCUCCCAAAAAGUCUUAUCCGGUGAUGACUCGUUGCUCCGUGAGUUGCCAGCCAUGUGUCGACCUGAGGCCAUUGGUUGCUAGUGGGCUUACUGAGGAUGGGAAUGGAAGGAAGGACACGCCAUUGGCACAGUUUAAUCAGGAGAGGUUCUACUCGGUGGCUGCGAGGCGAUUCGGCAGGAAAUGGAGACCAGAUUCGUCGGACCAGGAUGACAAGGGCACGUCUGCGCCCAAGAAGAAUCUGAGGUUCGGAAAAAAGUUUGGGGCUUCGAGCGAAGAGGAUUCAGAAAUUGACGAGUCUGGGGACACAGGUGCCAUCAGGAGGAGGUGGAGCAGUGCUGCUCUCAGGAACUGCGAUGUGAAGAAGGAAAGGCGGGUGCUCAAGUCUUACGAGGAGGAAAGCAAUGAUCUCGCGGGUAGAAUCCAAGAGCUGCGAGAGGAGAUUAGAAAUAGGGAGGUUUUGGGCACUGAGAGGAGGCGUUACGAGUCCAGGGGUGAAUCUCUGCUUACCAGUAAAAGAUUUGAUCAGUGUGGUGUCUCCGCGCUGACAGUCAAAGCACUUACUGAUGCUGGAUAUGUACAGACAACUGUGGUUCAAGAGGCAGCUCUUCCUAUAUGUCUUGAAGGUAAAGAUGUUCUUGUCAAGGCCAAAACUGGAACCGGCAAAAGUGCAGCUUUUCUGCUUCCUGCAAUUGAAUCAGUCUUGAAUGCUAUGAAGAGCAAUACAAAUCAGCGAGUAUCUCCAAUAUUUGCUCUUGUCCUAUGCCCUACAAGAGAGCUUGCUAUUCAGCUUACAGCUGAAGCAAAUGUCUUGUUAAAGUACCAUGAAGGAAUUGGUGUUCAAUCUCUUAUUGGUGGCACUAGAUUCAAGCUUGAUCAGAGACGAUUAGAAUCUGAUCCAUGCCAGAUUUUAGUUGCAACACCUGGUAGACUGCUGGAUCACAUUGAAAACAAAUCAUCAUUCUCUGUUCGUUUGAUGAGAUUGAAAUUGCUUGUGUUGGAUGAAGCUGAUCAUUUGCUAGAUCUGGGUUUCCGUAAAGACAUAGAAAAGAUUGUCGAUACCUUGCCACGUCAAAGACAAACAUUGCUCUUCUCAGCUACUAUUCCAAAAGAGGUUCGAAGAGUUUCACAGCUAGUAUUAAAGAGGGAUCACGUUUUUGUUGACACAGUGGGCCUUGGAGCUGUUGAAACCCCAACUAAGGUUCAGCAGUCAUGUCUUGUGGUGCCACAUGAGCUGCAUUUUCAUACGGUUCAUCACCUGCUUCGAGAGCAUAUUGAUCGUGAAGUUGAUUACAAGGUUAUUGUUUUCUGCACGACAGCCAUGGUGACUGAGUUUAUGUAUAUCAUGCUUCGAGAUUUGAAGUUAAAUGUCAGGGAAAUUCACUCGAGGAAACCUCAGCUCUAUAGAACUCGCAUAUCUGAAGAGUUCCGGGGCUCUAACCGCAUAGUUCUCGUAACGUCAGAUGUUUCUACUCGUGGGGUGAACUAUCCAGAUGUCACCCUUGUGAUUCAGGUUGGUGUUCCUCCCGAUAGAGAGCAUUACAUCCAUCGGCUUGGAAGGACUGCAAGGGAAGGUAAAUCUGGCAAGGGAAUUCUUUUGCUUGCGCCAUGGGAACAAUACUUCUUGGACGAGAUAGGCGAUCUCCCGAUUGACAAGUAUCCAGCACCAGACAUUGACCAGGAGAUGAAGCAAAAGGUUGACGAUUCAAUAGAGAUGGUUGACAUGAGCAUCAAAGAAGCAGCAUACCAUGCGUGGCUGGGUUACUACAACUCCAUCGCUGACAUAGGUAGAGAUAAAAGAAUGGUUGUUGACCUAGCAAAUCGAUUUGGUGCCUCGAUUGGCCUGGAGAAGCCUCCAGCGAUAUACCGGAAGACCGCUCUGAAGAUGGGGCUCAAGGAUGUCCCUGGGAUUCGAAUAAGGAAAUGACAUGUUCCUCCACAGCAAUAAGGGACCUUUUAGCCUCGACAUUGGAUUGGAGGACAUGUAAUUGAAUUGGGUUCAAAAUAUACAAAAUUACUCACCUCUGUUGCAAUGGCCUAACUCCUUAAAUGCAUCUUCGAUUUCUUUAA